AGCCGGACACAGGGCACGUGACAUCGAUGUUUAGUUUCUCUUACCGGAAGCAGCCUGUCGCACACCGGAAGUGCUGGGAAUAUGGGCCGAUUUCUAGACUCCGUCUCCGCCGCAGCUGUGACGCUGCUUCCGGUUCUAAGAUGGCGGUGCCCAAGCGGCAGCUCCGAAGACCAGUAGGGGACGCGGCGGCAGAGACUGACCCGGCCCGGGAGGCGAAGCAGGCCUGGGGGCAGCGGCGGCGGCUUCUAGUGCUUCUCGAGGGAGCGAGCCUGGAGACCGUGAAGGUUGGGAAGACGUACGAGCUGCUGAACUGCGACAAGCACAAAUCGCUGCUGCUGCGAAGCGGCCGGGACCCAGGGGAGGCGAGGCCCGACAUCACACACCAGAGCCUCCUGAUGCUCAUGGACAGUCCCCUGAACCGGGCUGGCCUGCUGCAAGUUUACAUCCACACCCAGAAGAAUGUUCUCAUUGAAGUCAAUCCCCAGACCAGGAUUCCCAGAACCUUUGAUCGGUUCUGCGGUUUAAUGGUUCAGCUGCUACAUAAACUCAGUGUCCGUGCAGCUGAUGGGCCCCAGAAACUGUUGAAGGUCAUCAAAAAUCCAGUGACUGAUCAUCUCCCUGUGGGCUGCAUGAAGAUAGGCACCUCUUUCUCAGUCCCCAACGUGACGGAUGUGCGUGAACUGGUUCCCACUGCAGAGCCUGUUGCAAUUGUUGUGGGAGCUUUUGCCCAUGGCUUGGUAAGGGUAGUGGUAGCUGACACACCUCUUCUCCCAUCAUUGAUUGCAUGGUGGAGCAGACAACCUGUCAUGGGAAGCAGGGGACUCUUUCCCUUUCAGUAUACAUCAUGGUAUUCCUGCUCUACAGAGAGGAUGCUGUUGAUGCAAGGCCUGUGCUCACCUGCAUGAUUGCUUAUGUUAAGGGGGUAUUCCCUUUCAAUUCCUCUCCCAGAAUUGCACUGAAAUUUUAUGAUCUUAUGCCACAGCCAUGCUAACCCACUUCACCUGGAUGCAAAAUGGUAUGAGUUAGUAGCUGUCCUGCCCUACUUCAAGGGUGGGUGCAUAUCAGUUUUGGGUGGAUUGCUGUACAUAGUGUGAAAAGUACUGAAGUGCAGCAGUAGGGUCAGUGGUUGGGGAUGUUAACUGACUGGAUAGUAACAUGGAUUUCCUACUUCCCCCUCAUUCUUCUCUCUCCCCAGCUGAAUGUUAACUAUACAGAGAAGAUGAUCUCCAUCAGCAACUAUCCCCUCUCUGCUGCCCUGACCUGUGCCAAGAUCACCACAGCCUUUGAGGAGGCAUGGGGGGUGGUGUGAGCCCUCCAAAUUGGCCCUGUGGAGUAGGACUCUGAUCUUUCUAGAAUUGGCAGCUGUUUUUCUACUCGUGUGUGUAAGGAGCACUGAGAGUCAACCUUGGCUGAAGGCUUAGUAGUAGACUUCAAGGCAUACUGUGCUGAGCUUUCCUUCCAUACAGGCUACUCCCAUGGUAAGAGGCCCAUAGGCACCCCUCUGGGGCUGCUCUUUCUCCUUAUAUUAAAAUUACUUUUGAUAAAGAUG